UGUAUGCGAUAUAAACACACUCGGCUCAGGGAGCGAGUUCAGUGCGGUCAUGUUUACCGUUCAAUUUAUUUUAUAACAUUUUUAAGGCGUUUUAAUUAAGGAGUUUAAAAUUUUUAUGCGUUGGAUCUUUUAACAUUGCUGAAGACUCUUUUAAUUGUUCAGGUAAGUAACUUUUAAUUAGGACAUAACUUAGUUAAUUCAAAUAAAAAGAAAAUAAACCAACAAAAAUAAUAACUCGAUAUUCUUAUAUAUAAUCACCAGAACGAUCUCAAUACCAUUCAGCGCUUUAAAAUCAUAACGCAUAACAUAAAAAACCAAAUUAAAAUAUUGCUAAUAUCGAAUUAACAAAACUGUGAAUUUAUUUGUAAAACGCGAUAAUCGACCUAAUCUUCAUGUUGGCCUACGGUUAUUCAACAAGUCUCGUAGAAACAGGUUUGAGACUCGACUACGAUACGGAAUGGUUUCUAUUUUAGAAUUGGAUAUUAUCGGUCAGUGGUGUACUGAAUAGUAAUGUACUUACCAGCCAUCCACGAUUUAGUUUUUGAUUUAUAUUACUAUCUCAAACUACAAAUAUUUAUUUGAUAUUUGAUAAUGUUUUGAAUCGGUUAGUAAUCAAUACGUUUUCAUAUAAUUUAAGGUUAAGUGCUAUCACAGACGAUAAACUUACGCGCUCGAAAAAAUAACAAUAGUUGUCGUCCAUUUUAAAAAUCAUUGUUCGAAUGAUUUGAAUACAAUUUGGAAAACCUUUUAAAAUAGCGCCUUUUUAAUGACACUUCCUAUUAAAUUGGUUAUGUCCAAAGAAACGACUUUUACUGUCCUUCCUAUUACUGCUAACGAUGAGGAGGAAAUAAUGGACUUACUUAAAAGAACAUUCUUCAUCGACGAACCCUUGAACGAGGCAGUAGGGUUAUAUGAUUCCGGCUCAUGUCUAGAGGUAGAGGAAUAUUGCAGGGAUUCGCUACUGAAAGGAUUGUCUUUCAAAGCCGUCGAGCCUAAGGGAAAAAUCAUUGGUACCAUGAUCAAUGGAAUAUGUCCAUUGGAGGAUGAAGAUGAGGAGAACAGUCUCUUGAAUCAAGCACUUCGAUGUCCCAAUCCUAAAUUCCAGAGGAUUCUACAUAUUCUAGCCAGAAGGGAGGAAGGCGCUAAACUUGCUGAGAAAUUUCCAAGUGAUAAAGUUUUUGUGGAUAUUAAGGUUGCAGCUACAGACCCGCAUUGGAGGAGAAGAGGUGUAAUGAACGAGUUAUUGAGAGAAACGGAGAAUAUCACAAAGCAACGCGGCAUAAGAAUACUCCGCAUGGAUACAUCUAGCGCCUAUUCCGCGAUGUCAGCUGAGAGGCUCGGCUUCAAUUGCAUUUACAAAGCGGCGUACAAGGACAUUAAGCUGAAUGGUGAACCUCUGAUCGUACCCAAAGAACCGCACGUAAACGAUGCAGUGUACAUAAAACUACUUUCAGGAAGUGAUCCUGGAACACUUGUUCAUAAUAAAACGUGAAUUCCACAUUACUACAGCUGUAAUCAUCAGAAUGAUUAUAAAAUAUAUUUAACUUUGUUUCAGUCAAUGACUUAAAAAUGCGCUCCUAUUUUUCGAUAUGUUUAAUUAUUGUUGUUUAUGUUAAUUAUUUUUAAAAGAAUUGUUGUUAAUAUGUUACCUUUUCCAGUGUCUGCGAAAUAAAUAUUUAACACGGUUAAAA